AAGAAAUUCGAAUUCAUUGGUCGCCUACUCGCUCAAGCGCUUAUUGAUGCUCGAAUGUUGGACAUUCCGCUAAAUCCGAUAUUCUUCAAAUGGAUUUGUGGUGAGGAUAAAAGUUUUGGAUUAGCCGACUUGGAGGUAUUCGACAAAACUUUGUAUCAGUCACUUCGAGCACUAGCGCUUACCGAUCCAGAUGAUUUUGAAUCUCUCGAACAGGUUCGACCAUUCGUUCUGUUUUCACUGAUCCAUGCUUGUAUUGAUAAUAUCGCUCCGAUAGAUUUGUUUUGA